UAUAAAAAGAUGAUGAGAGCUGGAGAUGGUACCAUAAGACCAUUUUCAGUGACCAGGAGAACUUGCUCCGGACAGUGAAGAAUCUCCGUGAAAUCUUGUCGCGAGUUCAGUGAAAAAAGAGAUCUCUUAAGGAUUUAAGAGCUCCUGUAAAUUCUGUGAACAAAUUUAAAAAAAUAGAGAUAUCAAAAAAAAAUUAUGAAUAAAUUCUGUGUGAUUGGUGUGUUGGCGUUGGCUGCUGCCGUUCUGGCUGAGCCCCCAUCCUUCCGUCGUCCAUCUACGUCCUACGGAGUCCCAUCUUCUAGCUACGGAGCACCCUCAGCCCUGUCCUUCGGUGGUGGAUUUGGACACAGUAGCGGAGGAUUCGGACACAGUAGCGGAGGAUUUGGACACAGUAGCGGAGGAUUUGGACACAGCAGCGGAGGUUUGGGUUACAGCAGUGGAGGAUUUGGCCAUAGCAGCGGAGGAUUUGGCCAUAGCAGCGGAGGAUUCGGACACAGCAGCGGAGGAUUUGGACACGGUGGAUACAGCCAUGGAGGAGGUCUUUCAUCCGGAUUUGGAGGUGGCUACAGGGCUGUGAGCCAUGGUUACCAGAGCAAUGAGGGUCAGUAUGUGGAUCCUCAGCUCCUGCACAAAGUCAAGCAGAUCCUCCUGGAUCAGGAAAACCUCGCUGAAGCUCAUCACGGUGGUGGCCAUGGAGGAGCUCUCUUCACCCCAUCUUCCUCCUAUGGUGUCCCAUCAAGCUCAUACGGACCACCAUCCCCAGUCUACGGUGCCCCCCACUACCGCUCUCGUGUUGUUGACAUCGAUCUCGGUCAUGUGCGCCAGGGUGUCCAGGUAGCCCAAUACCACCAAGAAUCCCUGUCUCACGAUUCCGGUCACGGCUAUGCCUCUGGUCACGGUGGCUACUCUGCCCCCUCAUCGACCUACGGAGCCCCAGCUUCCUACGUAGCCCCACCAUCAUCAGCUUACGGAGUGCCACAUCACUAAGCCUUAGUCAAAAUCAAAACCAAGAUCUCUAACUCUAAACUUUUCCUCAAACUCUUCACCCUCUAUCUCUCUUUCGCCUUCUGACUUUUCCGACUUUCCCUCCCUGUGGCGAGAAAAAGACGAAGAAUUUUCCCUCAAGACUUGAUUGUACAUAAUCCAAUGUAUUUUUUUUUGUAAAUAUGCAAUAAAAAACAAAUCUUAAUGAUAAGUUCAACAUCAA